AUGUCGACAAAAGCCCCCGUCUACUUCUUCAGCCAUGGCGGCCCGGACGUGAUGUACAAUACAGCGCAUCCUGCAUUCCCCGUGCUGCAGAAGAUAGGCAAGGAGAUCACCGAGAAGGUGAAACCAAAGGCAGUCGUCGUCUUCUCUGGGCACUGGGAGGCUGAGCCCAGGAAGAUCGAGGUCAAUACGGCAGUAAAGACCGAUUUAAUCUAUGACUUCUAUGGCUUUCCGUCGAAUUACUACAAGGCCCAAUACCCAAACCAGGGUAGCCCAGAACUAGCUUCCAAAGUUCUCGGUCUCCUGAAGCAGGCUGGGAUCCAGUCCGAAGGCGUUACCAGGGGGCUCGAUCACGGUGUAUGGUCCGGCUUCCACGUCGCUUUCCACCCCGAGAAGAACCCUCUCAACGUACCCCUGGUCCAAGUCAGCCUCUACAAUAACCAAGACGUCGACUCGCACUAUCGACUAGGGCAAGCCGUUGCCGCUCUGCGGGACGAGAACAUCGUUGUCAUCGGCGCCGGCAUGUCGGUGCACAACCUGAGAGACUACUUUGCCAGUCAGGGUAGCUCGCAGCCGAUGCCUUACACGGUGUCGUUCGACGAGGCUUUGAAGGAUGCGGUCGAGGCUCCGCCCAGUGAGCGACAGGCUCGCAUGGCGGAAGUGGUUAAGCGGCCAGAUGCCAGACAAGCCCAUCCGCGGUUCGAUCAUCUCAUGCCUGUCUAUGUGGCCGCCGGUGCUGCUGGUGAUGAUGUUGGGAAGAGAACUUGGACGUUACAUGAGGGCAGUAUGGCGUGGGCUCAGUGUCGGUUUGGGAACGUUCCAGCAUGA